AGAUGGACACCAAUCCCACAGAUCCCUGAUGGAUGGACCCUGAUCCAGAUGGACACCAAUCCCAUGGAUUCCAGAUGGAUGGACCCUGAUCCAGAUGGACACCAAUCCCACAGAUCCCAGAUGGAUGGACCCUGAUCCAGAUGGACACCAAUCCCAUGGAUCCCAGAUGGAUGGACCCUGAUCCAGAUGGACACCAAUCCCAUGGAUCCCAGAUGGAUGGACCCUGAUCCAGAUGGACUCUGACCCAGCAGUGGUCAGAAGGUGGCCCAGUUGGAUCCAUCCCCAUGGGAGCCAACCUGGGUGGACCCUGGUGCAGAUGGACACUGGCCUGGGUGGACACUGGCCCAGAUGGACACUGGUCUGGGUGGACACUGGCCCAGGUGACUCCAGCCCCACGGAUGCCAUCUCAGAUGGACACUGGUCUGGAUGGACACUGGCCCAGAUGGACUCCAACCCCACGGAUGCCAUCUCAGAUGGACACUGGCCUGGAUGGACACUGGCCUGGGUGGACACUGGCCCAGGUGGACUCCAGCCCCAUGGAUGCCAUCUCAGAUGGACACUGGCCUGGGUGGACACCGGUCCAGGUGACUCCAGCCCCAUGGAUGCCAUCUCAGAUGGACACUGGCCCGGGUGGACACUGGCCCAGAUGGACUCCAACCCCACAGAUGCCAUCUCAGAUGGACACUGGCCUCGGUGGACACUGGCCCAGGUGACUCCAGCCCCACGGAUGCCAUCUCAGAUGGACACUGGUCCAGGUGACUCCAGCCCCAUGGAUGCCAUCUCAGAUGGACACUGGCCUGGGUGGACACUGGUCCAGGUGACUCCAGCCCAAAGGACACCAGAUGGACCCUGGUCCAGCAGAUCCCUGACCUGGACAGAGCCCACCUUAGGUGGCCACCGGCCUGGAGGGGCCCUGGCCCAGCCCCAGCAGCCCAACUGUCCAUCCCUGCCGCCCCAAACCCCUCCAGAUCCUCCCUAAAUCCCCCAGAAUAAAGUCGGUGCCAGGACA